CCAUCACAUUUAUAGAUACAGCCUUUGGUUUGUGGUUCUUUAAACUGAUGCACUGUUUGCAAACCCAAUGGUUCGUCUGUUAAAAUCAUUACUUUAUUCACCAUUUUAAUCUUUUUACCAAUCUGAUUGUAAACAUGCACUUUACACAGUAAAUUAACUUUGGUGUUUUCUGGUCAAAUUAUACAGAUGUACUGUUGACAUUGAUUUUGUAUAUGUCAGUACUGGUAUUGAUCUAUGAUAUUUCCUCAUUUGUUUUAGAAUUCACCAGAAUGAUGCUGUAGCUGUACACGAGCUAUGCACACAAAUACUGAAGGAAGAGAUACUUUUCUACCAAGAAUUGAAAGAGGGAGUACAGCCAUUAGUAAUUAUUUACCAGAAUGAAGCACAAAGAAAAAGAAUGGUGAAACUAGCAGAAAAUGUGGUGUUUUUAGAUGCUACAUAUAAAGGAUUAACUGCCUAUGGUUAUUCAUUCUAUGCUCUUGUUGCAAGAGAUGAACAGCAAGGCCGAGGCACUCCUCUUUCGUACUGUAUCUCGUCAGAUGAUACUGGUGAAGUUGUCAAAAUAUUUCUGAGAUCUCUGAAGACUACGGCUGAAAAUCAUGGAUUUGAUUUCCGUCCAAGAUCUUUUAUGGUAGACAGAGAUACCAAAGAAAUCAGCGCAAUUAAUGAAGUAUUCCCAAACAGCUCUGUUUUACUUUGCUGGUUUCAUGUUUUACAGGCUGUGUACAGAUUUUUGAAUAAAAAAGAAUCUGGUGUAUCAGGACCCAUGCACGCACAUACCAGAAAAAAAGUUAUUGACUAUAUUAGAACUAUGAAAAUAUGUACCAAGAAAGAAGACUUUUCUCAAAAAGUUUAAAUGUUGCAAGAGAAGAUGCCUUCCAAACAAAUAGCAGACUACUUGUUAGACAACUGGUGUACUGACAAGUGGGGAUGUCGAUGGGCCAACUAUGGAAGACAUUUUUUUCAUGAAGAUCAAGAUACAAAUAACUUAGUUGAAAGGUUAUUAAUACAUUUUAUUACUAUACACCUUAUAUUUUACAAGAUCGAAAUUUUAAGCAUCAUCUAAUUAUCAUCUGUUUGAUAAUAGUAACUAAGUAUAUUUUAUUUUGGGGAUAAAUUUUCUGAACUGUCUCUGUUUUUAUGACCUGAUUUAUAAAAAGUAUUACACUUUGUCUAAAUCCUACUUCUUCAUGGGUAACC